GACGAGGCUGUGAUACGCAUGCGCAGUGACGUGUGUGUACAUUCUUGAGCAGAAAAUGAUGGCGAUUAUCCAGACGCUUGAAGAGCCUGUGCUCGGUAUGGAUGGAGGAGGUGGCUGUGAAAACUAACAACACUCGCGGGGAAAAGUUGUUUGAUUUGGACGAUCGCGACCUGUCUCGACCACCGGACGUUUUCAGACGCAGAAAAAAACGAGUGGAUGAGGGUUGAGACUGUUAACUGGUGUAAUAUUCAAGUGUGAAAGAGCCACGUAGCUUACAGAGAUCCAGAUCACACACACAAACACACACUGGCCUAGUGCUUUUAAAGCCUCCACACACAUAAACAUCAACCUGAAGAAGAGGAGUGAACGAGAAAAAUAAGACAUAAAAAGCGGAACGAGCUGUUGGAGCAAGCAGUGCCUCCCCUGUAGUGUGGAUGAGGGAGUCAUGGCUGACCACAUCUCCCCACUGGAGUCCGGCCAGUUGCUCAGCCAAGACAUCCCAAUGCUCACCUCCCCGCCUCCCCCGCCCAACAUCGUCAAUGGAGAGGGACCACAACAGGUAAUCUUGGUGCAGGUAAACCCAGGAGAGGCCUUCACGAUCCAGCGAGAUGAUGGUCAGAUUCAGUGUAUCACAGGUCCUGCUCAGGUUCCCAUGAUGUCCCCAAACGGUUCAGUGCCUCAAAUCUAUGUGCCUCCUGGAUAUGUUCAACAGAUCAUUGAGGAGAACGGAGUGAGGAGGGUGUUGGUCUUACCUCAGACGGAGUUUCAUCCGGGAGGCCAUUCCCCGCUUCACCACCCGCCCCCUCCACCGCCCCAUGCCCACCUGCAGGCCUUCAUCCCCCACCCGCACAUCAUGCACCCUCACCCUCACCUGUACUCAGGCAUGGCUGGAGGAACCGGAGAUAUGAACCCCCAGUACAUCUCCCAGUACCAUCCAGCACACACGACCAUCUACUCAGAGCAGGAUACUCACCCUCCUCAUGGACGUGCGGCAUUUGCUCACAGAGAUGAAAGGGCUAGCAAAACCUAUGAGCGGCUGCAGAAGAAACUGAAGGAGAGGCAGGGGGUGGGCGGAGGGGGAGGGGGAGGCCUGGCCCUCUCCAAAGACAGUCCCCCUCCAUCCCCACAGAAGAGCCGUGGGACACCGCCAUCAGGAGGAGAUCUUCACAACGGGCUGGGGGGUAAGGGCGCAGAGGAGCAAGCACAGCCCAGCACUGCAGUCACCGGCCUGGGCAAAAGUCCAGGGAGAGGGAAGGAGACAGAAUCUGGAGAACUGGACGAAGAAGCAAAGGCUCUUCAGGAACGAUUAAACUCCAUCUGCAAGCCAGUGGUGACAGACAUCCAGGCCAAAGGGGCCAGUUUGAGUUGGGUGGCCCCAUCACAGACAGAAGGUGACGAUGAGCCCACAGAGGGAGAAGAAGGCUCUGCGGAGCCCAGCUUCAUGUACGAGGUCUCAGUCUCGUACUGUGGCAAGGAUGGGAAGUACAAGAGCGCCUACAGUGGUGUGGAACUAAGUGCAACCUUACAAGACUUAAGACCAGCAACAGACUACCAUGUCAGGGUCCAGGCCAUGUGUAACUGUUUACAAGGUGUCCCUUCAGAGCCUGUGAGCUUCACCACUCUGAGCUGUGAGCCAGACAGGCCCAGCCCACCACGCAAAGCCAGCGGCACCAAAAGCAGCCUUGUCCUGCAAUGGAAGGCUCCAUGUGACAACGGUUCCAAAAUCCAAAACUAUAUUCUUCAGUGGGAUGAGGGGAAGGGGACGGAUGCGUUUGAACAGUGCUACUAUGGCCCUCAGAAGCAGUACAGACUCACCAAACUCUCCACAGCUUCCAGAUAUUAUUUUCGGCUGGCAGCCAAAAAUGACAUGGGGGUGAGUGAGUUCAGUGAAGUCGUCCACAUCAUGACAUCAUGCAGUGUGCCUGCUCCUCCCUUAAGCCCUGAGCUGAUUCAGUCCGGGGUCACAUGGCUCUGUGUGCGAUGGCACAGGCCAGCCGGCUCGCCCAAAGAGGACGAAAUCAGCUACGUGCUGGAGAUGGAAGAGGAGGGCUCAGGUUAUGGGUUCCAGGCCAGUUAUGAUGGUGACGAGCUGUCACACACGGUCAGAAACCUCCACAGGAGCACCACAUACAGGUUCAGGGUUAUCGCCUAUAAUGCAGAAGGGAAAAGUAUCCCCAGCGGUGUGUCUGAGUUCACCACAGCCCCUGACAGACCGGGCUGCCCCUGCAGACUCGCAGUGAAGGGAAAACCUCACCCGACCAGUUUCCGUCUGACCUGGGAUCCUCCCAAAGACAAUGGUGGUUCAGAUGUGACAAAGUAUGUGGCGGAGCUGUCUGAAGGGUUAAGUGGUCCUUCUUGGAAUCAGGUGUACAGCGGUUCAGCUAUGGAGUGUGUUUGUGAUGAUCUGAGCCCAGGAUGUUCAUACCAGGCUAGGGUCCACUGCAUCAGUGCGGGAGGCGAGAGCCAGUUGACGGAGCCCUUGCAAGUCCAAACACCACCUGUUCCUCCUGGUCCAUGUCAGCCGCCCAGGGUCGUAGGCAAACCCAAAGCGAGAGAGGUGCAGCUACGCUGGGCGCCCCCUCUGGUGGAUGGAGGUAGUGCAGUGUCUUUGUACAGCGUAGAAAUGUUCGCUCCCCAGGUGGACGAGGGCUGGGAAGUGUACCAGGGCUCUGAACUGGACUGCACAGUGGGAAGUUUACUGCCCGGCAGGACCUACGGCUUCCGGCUCAGAGCUGCCAAUAAAGCUGGGUAUGGCCCUUUUUCGGAGCGGUCUGAGGUCACGACCGGUCCAGGGGCCCCUGAGGCAUGUCGACCCCCUCAUGUCACCUGUAAAUCACCGACAUGUGCUGUGAUCAGCUGGGAGUCCCCUCCCUGUAAUGGAGCGGCAGUGUCAGAGUAUCGCCUGGAGUGGGGGGCAGCAGAGGGCAGUAUGCAGAUGUGUUACACCGGUGCUGCACUGUCCCAUGAGAUGAGGGGUCUGCUGCCAGCCACCAACUACUUCUGCAGAGUACAGGCAGUGAAUGUGGCCGGUGUGGGGCCCUUUAGCGACGCUGUGCUCUGCCAGACACCCUGCUCUGUGCCAGCACCAGUCAGCAGCAUCCACACUCUCCGUGAAUCAGAGAUGAGAGUAGAGGGCAGCAGAACCACAGAGAGGGACGAGGAUGAGGACGAGGAGGACGAAGAGGCCAGACCUCUCCUCUACUCUCCAUCCACCUGCCUGGGGCUACGCUGGGAGGCGCCGUGUGAUCACGGAUCAGAGAUCACGUCGUACCAGAUCGAUCUGGGGGAAAGACAACCCAUCCUUACUGGGCCCGUAACCAAAUACAUCAUCCAAAACCUGCAGCCCGACACCACCUACAGGAUAAGGAUCCAGGCUCUGAAUAGUCUGGGAGCAGGACCCUUUAGUCACACCUUUAAACUGAAGACCAAGCCACUGCCACCCCUCCCUCCACGUCUGGAGUGCACCGCCUCCAGUCAUCAGACCCUCAGGCUCAAGUGGGGUGAUGGCCCGGCCAAGGCCCAACCCACUGAUUCCCUACAGUACCAUCUCCAAAUGGAGGAUAAAAAUGGGAGGUUUAUAUCCUUGUAUAAAGGACCCUGUCACACUCACAAAGUGCAGAGGCUAAAUGAGUCUACCUCAUAUGUAUUCCGCAUCCAGGCCUUUAACGAGGCGGGCGAGGGGCCCUUCUCCACUGUUUACACCUUCACCACCCCCCUCUCCCCACCUGCACCCCUAAAAGCUCCUCGUGUGGAGCGUGUGGACGAGUCGUGUGAGGUGAGCUGGGAGACACUGCCACCUAUGAAGGGAGAUCCAGUCAUCUACUGUUUGCAAAGCAUGCAGGGAAAUUCUGAGUUCAAACAGAUCUACAAGGGCUCAGCCACUUCCUAUCAGCUCCCUAACCUGAGCUCAUCCACAGAGUACCGAUUUCGCGUCUGUGCCAUCCGGCAGUGCCAGGAUGCCCCCGAAAUCAUCGGGCCCUACAGCUCCACUGUCAUCCUGCUCCCACCUCGUGUCGACACCCCCGGGGUCUCUGGUGCCACAGGGUCCAAAGCAGCCGAGGCCCAGAAGCCAAAACGCAGCCUGACAGACGAACAGUUUUCUUUUCUCAUCAUCGCCCUCUUGGCCGUGACCUCCAUCCUCAUCGCAGUCGCCAUUCAGUACUUUGUGAUCGAAUGAGCCUCGGCCCCGCAUUAAAUCGUCAAAACAAGUUAUUGUUUGUUGAUGUUUGUUUUUCUUUCUUUAUUUUUCGUUCCGGCAUCAGCGUCGAGGAAGGAUUGAGAAAAGGAAGUUGUAGAAUCACUUCACCCGAUCUAUUGUUCUAUCUUUCCACUCCCUGCUGUCCCUUCCGCGCAUGCUGUCGAAAGAACGUCGGACUCGGAGGGCGAUUUAUUGAAGGA